ACAGUAUCCGCGAGCAAUUGGCUAGAGUGCUCGUGCCAAAACCAUAGUAUGCACAUUUGCUAUUUUCCCAACGUUUUUUGUGACCUAACUAUCGGUAGAGUUGAAAAUGCGAUGGAAACACAUUGAACUUUAGAUGUGUCUUCAGUAGAGAAACAGAAAAAAUGUAAGCGAAAAAUUAACCUACAUUUGGUGUGAACUACGUCAUCACGCACUGAUUUUUAUCCACAAAUCCGUUUAGUGGAAACACUCCGCGGUGGGAAAAUGCGCAUAGUUUCUUUAUGCCGAUUCUAGAAAAUUCGCAUGAAAAACUGUCGCUAAUUGGAUGGAAACCUAGCUACUGAUUCAAUUGAUUAAGGAACUUGUUGGGAUGGAGAGGAGGUGAUGGAGGACUGCCUCCUUGGUUACUAAGUAACGUAACCAUACAAACACUACCUCCAACAGAUCACAAUGCGGAAGGGCUUGAACUCAAAAGCAACCAGUGGAAAGUUAGCAAUCACCUCAGUUGCUCUUCAAGACCAUAUCGCACGAAACUUGCUGCUUCAGAAUUUGCCACUGUGUGACCCUGUGAAGACAAGAUGGUGCCGAAGAGCCGCCACUGAAACACACUGCAAACGAAACCAUGGAACUGUGAAACAGAAAGGGCCCCAGCAACACGAUGGAGAGGAGAAAGAGUAUGUGCUUGACCCAGCAGCUCCACCACUGACAUUAGCCCAGAAACUGGGUUUGGUGCAGUCCCCGGCCAGAAAACUGACGGUAGAUGAAUGGAGUCAGGUCAAGUCGAGGUCUAUUCAUGAAGGGGACUCCAAGCAGCCCUGUGUGAUCUGCAGGGAGGAGUUUCGCUUACAGACUCAGGUUUUGCUCUCCUGCUCCCAUGUGUUUCACAGAGCCUGUCUGCAGGCCUUUGAGAGGUUUUCAGGCAGGAAGUGCUGUCCUAUGUGCAGGAAGGAGCAGUAUGAGACCAGAGUCAUCCACGAUGGAGCUCGCCUCUUCAAAGAGAGGUGUGCCAUCAGAAUUCAAGCGUGUUGGCGUGGCUAUGUUGUUCGGAAGUGGUACGGACAUAUGAGGAAAACUGUUCCCCCAAAAGACAAACAGCUACGACGAAAAUUCUUUGAGACAAAGUUGCAGGAGUUGAAUGACAGCUUUGUCCAAUACUGUCAUAUGGACGUAGAGGCUUUCCUGAACGAUAUCGACCAGUCGGUGUCAUCAAGCAGAAGAGUGUUCCAUCAGUUUGAGAGAGAGCACGUCUCGGAGCCGCAGGAAGAUGACUGGCAGAAAAUACAGGAAAAGGUCAUCCAGAGAGAUACACAGGACUGUCCCAUCUGUCUCACCGCUCUGUGCAACGCCAGACUAGAGACGGAGGCAGGGAGGACACUCGCCCAACACCACAGCAACAGACGCACUGUGCUCCUGUCCUGCUCACACCUCUUCCACCAGCCCUGCCUGGAAGCCUUCGAAGCCUUCUGUGUGGAGGGCCGACCUACAUGUCCUCUGUGCAGGUCUCCCUACCACAAAAUACUGGUCUGACCUCAGAAUAGUUGAUAUAGAACUUCACAAUAUGAAAGAUAGUUGGAUGUAAGUAAAACGUAUACACUCCCCUACGUAUGUAUUUGGACAAUGAAGCGAAAACUUAUAAUUUGGCUCUAUAAGCCAAAUAUUUUGAAUAAGAUCAAAUAUCUUAUUUUUGUGUAUUGAUAUACAUGUUUCACUGUUUAGAAAUUGAAGUACUUUGUCUAGUCCCCCCAUUUGAAGGUGUCAUAACUAUUUGCACAAAUUCACUUAGUGCAUUAAAAUGUCAAACCUUUAUUUGGUCACAUAUUUCUAGAACGCAAUGACAUCAUGCUUGUGACUCUACAUAAUCUGAAACAAGUUGGUAAUGUUAUGAGUCACUUUUUGUAAAUAAACACUUCUACAUUAAUGUGGAUGCUACCAUGAUUACGAAUGAAUCGUAAAUAAUGAGAAAGUUAGAUGCAUAUAGUGGCUUCGCAAAGUAUUCAGAUCCCUUGACUUUCAACAUUUUGUUAGGUUACAGCCUUAUUCUAAAAUGGAUUAAAUAAAUAAUCCUCAGCAAUCUACACAGAACACCCCAUAAUGACAAAACAAAAACUGUUUUUAAAAAAUGUUUGCAAAUGAACAGAAAUACCGUAUGUAAAUAAGUAUUCAGACCCUUUGCGACUCUGAAUUGAGCUCAGGUGCAUCUUGGUUUCCAUUGAUCAUCCUUGAGGUGUUUCUACAACUUUAUUGGAGUCCACCUGUGGUAAAAUCACUUGACUGGACAUGAUUUGGAAAGACACACACCUGUCUAAGGUCCCGCAAAAACCAAGCCAUGAGGUCAAAGGAAUAGUCCGUAGGGCUCCGAGACAGGAUUGUGUCGAUUGGGCCAGCUCUGGGGAAGGGUAGCAAAACAUUUCUGCAGCAUUGAUGGUUCCCAAGAACACAGUGGCCUCCAUGUUUAAAUGGAAGAAGUUUGGAACCACCAAGACUCUUCCUAGAGCUGGCCGCCCAGCCAAACUGAGCAAUCGGGGGAGAAGGGCCUUGGUCAGGGAGGUGACCAAGGACCCGAUGGUCACUCUGACAGAGCUCCUCUGUGGGGAUGGGAGAACCUUCCAGAAGGACAAUCAUCUCUGCAGCACUCCACCAAUCAGGCCUUUAUUGUAGACUGGCCAGAUGGAAGCCACUCCUCAGUAACAGGCACAAGACAACCCGCUUGAACUUUGCCAAAAGCACCUAAAGACACUCAGACCAUGAGAAACAAGAUUCUCUGGUCUGAUGAAACCAAGACUGAACUCUUUUGCCUGAAUGCCAAGCGCCACGUAUAGAGAACCUGGCACCAUCCCUAGGGUUAAGCAUGGUGGUGGCAGUAUCAUGCUGUGGGGGAUGUUUUUCAGCAGCAGGGACUGGGAGACUAGUCAGGAACGAGGCAAAGUACAAAGAGAUCCUUGAUGAAAACCUGCUUCAGAGUGCUCAGGACCUCAGACUGGGGUGAAGGUUCACCUUCCAACAGGAUAAUGAUCCUAAGCACACAGCCAAGACAACACAGUAGUUGCUUUGGGACAAGUCCCUGAAUGUCAUUGAGUGGCCCAGCCAGAGACCGAACAUGAACCCGAUCUAACAUCUCUGGAGAGACCUGAAAAUAGACUGGGAGCGUUGCUGCACAUCCAACCUGACAGAGCUUGAGAGGAUCUGCAGCGAAGACUCUGCUGUAAUUCAACAAAGUACUGAGUAACCAUGAUUAUCCGUAAUCAUGGUAACAUGUAGAAGUAUUCAGAAUCACACUAUUCUUAUUUAGAACAUGGGACCAAAUACUAAACUUGACAAUUUAACACACUAAGUGAGUUUGUCAAUACUUAUGACACCUUCAAAAUGGAGGGACUAGAUACAUAGUGCAUAAAUUUCUAAACGGUAAACAGGUAUGAAAACACCCUCAAUGUGACAUUCUGUACUGUAGUAUCAUAAAACGGGUCCAAAAUGCUGGAGAAUCAAGUCAAAUAAAUUAUAUUUAAACAUUUGCGAAAUCAUAUACAUUUGUCAAUGUUUAGAUUGAGCUCUUCCAGUAGGUCAUGUUGUGGUUUGCAGGCUGUAAAUUACAGAAGGAAGGAAGGUGAAUUAAAACAGGAAGUUAUUACUGUUGUUUAAUGAACAGACUUUAAAUGCAUUCAUCAGAGGAUAAAUGCACAAAACAAUUAUCACUUUCAGGCAUCCAUACCAAUAAAGUGCAAUUCUUCCUCAAGUCUCAGUCCUCCAGAAUACGGUGACUUGUCAGGAGUACAUAGACAUACUGCCAUGGUAAAAGGAAGCAAACUUGUGCCAAGUAUGCUCUUAUAUAUCAAAAAGAAACCUGUGAUGUACACCACAAAUGCAGUUGAAGUUAGAUGAAAAAGCAAUGUCAACUUAAACAUGAGUUGUAAAUGAGAACUUGUUCUCAACUUGCCUACCUGGUUAAAUAAAAGGUGAAAAAUAAAAAGUUCGUUUUAUUUGCAAACAAACACAAAUAGCCAAGAACAUGGUAAAAAAAACAUUCAUGUUAAUUUGCAGGAAAUUAUAUGCAGAGACACAAACUAUAGCUACAUCCAAAAAUGUGUGGGGGCACAAAGUACGUGACAAUGGUUGGGCGAGGGGCGUAGGUUGGAGAAUUUAGAAUUUUUCACUGCAUUCUUGAGCCAUAAUCAUGCUUAUUUCUAUGUAAAAAAAAUAUAUAUAUAUCUAAGCAUACCUCUUGAGCGGUCUGUAUCCUCCUGGUUCAUUUUUAAAUGAAAUCUGAAUGCAAGUCUCAUUCAGUACACUAAGUUAUUGCUUGCUUUUCUAAAGUUUGCCAGCAGGCGUACCAGCUAAGAUAGUUAGACGAGCUAGCUACUCGAACUUGACGGAUAGCUUUAAAAUGGCUUUUUGGUGGCUAGUUAUGAGGUUGGGAACCUACCUGGGCUAGCUAAAGUCAACUUCAUGACAUUUCUAGGUCUAGCAGUAUUACAGAGAAACAACUAAACAGGACAAAUCUGAGGGGGCACAUGCCCCUGUGGGCAUAACACUUCUGAUUAGCUACUCCACCUACAGUACAGGCCACGCUUCAACAUUUCAAAGCCUCGGCAAGUGAGGGAAAACUAAGGCAACCAAAACUGUUCCCUUGGGCUGGAACAGGCCCAGAACGUGUGCACCUCAAACUCAUUGGAAAAGUAUGAUUGUAAUCUUGUGCUUAUGGUGUGCUCCCUCGACCAAUAAUAUGCAGCGACAGCAUAACCAGACGGAAUUAUGUUUGUCCCAAAUGGCACUCUAUUCCCUACAUAUUGCACUACUUUUUGGGGAUAGGGUGCCAUUUGGGAUAAUUUGCUAUUGACUAUAAUAAUGUGACAUUCAGCUCGACUGCCCCCAGCCUCUGGAACGCUCUCCUGGACCAACUGAAGGGACCACCUGAAGGCACCACAGACUCUGGGCUCCUUUAAAACGG